AUGGCUGCUAAUAAUGAUCCUAACGCUGAUAUUCAAAAUAAACGAGCUAAUUCAGAUAUAAAAAAUGAUUUCAAGACCUUUGCUGUCCUGAGUGGAAACCAAGGUGCUCCUUCCAUCUUCAAAUUACCAUCUUUCUCCAACAGUAUAUUGUUUGAGAAUUCUCAAAUUGCAAAAAACACUAAUGAUUCAAAUAUUAAUCCAGAUAAAAAUUCAACCAAUGGUCUCUUGGAUUUUCCUGACUUUUUGAAGCAUUCACUACCUAUCAUAGACCAAUCUUUAUCCAGCCAUAAUUCCUAUCCAGACUCUUUAUUUUUUCAAAACUCAUUAGAAAAUCAAAUUGAACAAUUAAAUGAAAACUUAGAUGAAAAUUUAGACUCUUUACCUGAAUUAAAUACUAAAAAUUCUUUUUCACUAAAUAAUUCUAUUGACGACGUUUUGAAAAACAGUCUUAAUUCUUUAGAUACUUCUAAUAUCUCAAAUCCUUUUGAAAAUUUAGAAUCUCCUAAUUCAAAUUUAUUUAAAACUAAAUCCGUCAAAUUAUUUAAUAACAAAACAAUAAAGCUAAGAUCCAAAAUCAAUAUUAAUAUAUCUGAUAGCUCAAUUUUAAAUAAAAAGAAUAAUCUUGUCAAUCAGAAUGACUCAAUAAUUAAUAUUGAUACUUUAUUUAAAAACUUGGAAAUUAGCAAUAUUUAUAAGAAAAAUAGAUUGAAUAAUUUAAAAAAAUUAAAUAAUUCAAAUCAAUUACAAAAUACAUCUUCAAAAAACUCUUUGUUUGUUGAUAAAUAUAGACCAAAAUCUUUUUUAGAUCUAAUCGGCAAUGAAAAACAAAAUAGGUCAAUAUUAAAAUGGCUAAAUCAAUGGAACCACUGUGCGUUUAAUAACCAAAGUGAUUUAUAUAAACACGACAACAAUCAUAAUAACAAUAACAAUAACAAUAACAUGGAAAUUGAUGAUCCAUUUAAUAGACCCAACAAAAAAAUCUUAUUGAUUAAUGGUCCUCCAGGAACUGGAAAAACAACUAUAUCUCAUUUAAUUGGUAAGCAAUUGGGUUAUGAAAUCUUGGAAAUUAAUGCGAGUGAUGAGAGAUCUGGAGUGAGAGUUAAAGAAAAACUAUUAAAUCUUUUGAAUAACAAUUUAUUGAAUGCAAAACCUCUUUUACUAAUUUGUGAUGAAAUCGAUGGAGCAUCGGAAAUUGGAUUUAUAAAUAUUUUACUCAAUAUUGUUCAAAAUGAUGACAAAUUGACCAAACAAUUAAUUCAGCUUCAAUUACAAAACCAAAAUAAAAAUAAAUUAAAAAAUUCAAAGAAAAAAUUCAAAUUUAUACUAAGACCAAUUAUAACAAUUUGCAAUGAUUUAUAUUCCCCUGUUUUAGAAAAAUUAAGAAAUGUAUCCGAAAUUGUUACAUUUAAAAAGAUAUCAAGCAAUCUUAUUAAAAGUAGACUAAAACGAGUUUGUGAUCUUGAAAAGAUGGCAGUUAGCAAUAAAGGAGAGCUUUUAGAUGAGAUUAUUGAAUUAAGUAAUAAUGAUAUUAGAAGCUCAUUAAAUUUGUUACAGUUUAAAAACAAUGCUAUUAAGCAUGGGUUUAAUGUAAAUUCUGAUUUUGAAAAUAUAAAUGAAAACAAUUAUAAAGAUAUAAAUAUUCCAGUUUUUAGAUUAAAUAAUUUAAUCUUUAAAAGAAAUAUUACCAAAAACAAAAUUGAAAAUUAUAAUAAACUAAAGGGGCUUUUAAAUUAUAAAGUUGGGAAUAUAAAUAUUGAAAAACUAAAUAACAAUUUAUUCAAAACGUUUCCAAAAUUUAAUGACAAUAACAGGUUGUUUAAUAAUGAGAAGAGUUUUUCAAAAGUUUUAGAUUGGAUAAAUUUUAAUGAUUAUUUAAGUAAGAGCCGUUUUCAAUUGAAUAGUAAUUCAAUGGGAGGAGGAGAAGAUUUGAUCAAGUAUUUAUACGAUGUACCAUUAGUUUUUUUUGAAGUGUUUAAUGAUUUUAAUAAUAACAAUAGUAAUAUUAGUAGUACGGUUAGGGGAAAUAUGAAGCAGAAAGAAAAUGAUAAUGAGGACGAUGAAUGGGAGAUAAGUAAUCGAAACAAGAGAAAUAAAAUGAUGAUUAGUAAAUUUUUGGAUGGAAAUAGUAAAAUGAUUAUGUACUGUAAUGGGUUGAAAAAACGAGAUUUGGUUAUUGAGUUUUUGCCAUAUAUUUAUAAUUUUAUGUUAAAAAUUGAUGACGAUUUCAAUGAGCAUUCCAAAGAAUUUAAAAGCAAAGUUCAAAAAGUAAUUGAGAUUAUGAACAUUUUGAAUAUUUCAAUUAGCUAUAAUAGUAACAAUGGUGAUUCAGAUCAAGAAUUCAAUAAAAAUGGGUAUUUUUUUGAGUUUGAACCAAAUUUUAAAGUGAUUACAUUGUUUGGGAAGCAGAAAAAUAAGAAUACCAAUCCCAGAAUAACAAGGUUGGUGAAGAACGAAAUCAGGAAGAUAAACGAACAAAAGGAGAAAGAGAAAAUGACAGAGCUUAAGAAAAGAAAAGCGACUGAUAGUAGGUACAAUGAAAGAGAGAUAACUCUAAAAUCGAGCAAAAAUAAGGACAAUGAUUCCAAUAGCGAAGAAAACGAAAGCGAUAGAAAACGAAAAAAAGUGACAGUAAUGGAUUUCUUCAAAAACAGUUACCACUUGGAGGAAAACAAAGCCAGUAAAGACAAGCAAAAAAGCGAUAGAAUAUGGAUCAAGUACCACGAAGGAUUCACCAAUGCUGUAAGGAAGAACGUUCUUUGGAAAGAUCUCUUUUAG